ACGGGAAAAAUCCCUGAUACAUAACGCAAUGCGUUAAGUGAAUAUAGAUUUCUACUAGUCAUCAGUAAAAACUUACCUUGGAUGUUCACAUAAACAACAUGACUGGGUCUUCGAAGCUAAACCUUCGCGUUACAAAAUUCCUUGUAUCUCUUUCUUCACUGAGAUCACCAGUGAAGGUCCGUCAAGUUGGAGACCCUGUGUUACAAUGCAUUGCUCAACCAGUCGAUAAAGAGUUCAUUCAAACACGUGAAUUCAAAAAGGUAACAGAUUUGAUGGUGAAGACGAUGAGAAUAAACAAAGGAGUAGGGAUAGCAGCACCGCAGAUUGGAGAAAGUCUCCAAAUAUUUGCUAUGGAAUUUUCUGAGAAACAUCUUCAUGCAAUACGAAAACGUGGAAUCAAAGAAGAAGUACUCCAAACUAUGGAGAUGUCUGUGUUUCCGCUAAAAAUCUUUGUGAACCCUGAGUUCAAAGUGAUUGAUCCAAAGAUAAUCGAGUUUCCUGAAGGAUGUAUGAGCAUCCCUGGCUUUAAAGGAAUCGUUCCUCGCUAUCGUGGAGUAGAAUUAGAAGCCAUGGAUGAAAACGGCGAGGAAGUGACAUGGAAGGCAUAUGGAUGGCCUGCAAGGAUUAUACAACACGAGGUUGAUCAUUUAAAUGGGACACUUUAUAUUAAAAAAAUGAACCCUGAGACAUUUGAGAAUCUUUAUUGGAAACUGAACGCUUAAUUUGAUGCUGUAAAAUUUAUUUAACAUGCUAUUCUAAAUUAAAAAUAAUACUGGUACUGUAUUUGGACCGUAUUUUUGUUAUA